AUGGAGUUUUGGGGUGUUGAGGUAAAAAGUGGGCAGUCUGUUUCUGUUGAACCUAAAAAUAAGGUCGUGCAUCUUUCACAGGUUUGUCUGGAUGAUGUCAAGAAAGCAAAGGGAAGCAAUCCUAUUUCACUCUUUGUGAAAACUAGCAAUCAUAAGCUUGUUCUUGGAAUUCUUUCUGCUGAGAAAUUCCCCCAGUUGCCUUUGGAUAUUUUUUUUGGAGAGAAAUUUGAGCUAUCCCAUAACUGGAAAAAUGGGAGCGUCCACUUCAUUGGAUAUAAGUCUCUGUCGAAAUAUCCUUUUUGUGAUAAUUCUGAUUCUGAAGAGGAUGUAGCACUUACUGUGGUUGAUAAUGGAAAACCUGUCAUAUCAGGCAAACCAAAGGUGAGUACUGAGGACGCUAAGAAAGCUAUUAAAUCUGAGCAAAAGGAAACUAGUAGUGAUGAUGAUGAAUCUGAUGAUGAAGUUGGUGCUGAUCAGACCAAGUUCAAGUUCAAGAUUGAGGAAGGUAGCAGUGAAGAUGAGGAUGAAAGUGAUGAUGACGAUGACGACGAUGCUGAUAGUGAAGAUGAAACUGAUGACAGUGAGGAAGAGGAUGAAGAGACUCCGAAAAAGGCUGAUGUGAGCAAGAAGCGACCUGCCGAGUCUACUAAAAGACUUGCUAAUAACAAGAAGGCAAAGUUUGUUACCCCUGAAAAGACUGAUAGCAAGAAAGGCAGCGUCCACAUAGCAACUCCUUACCCUGCAAAGCUGGCCGGAAAAAAACCAGCUACUUCUGACCAGUCAAAGCAGCAGGCUCCAAAAUCAGGCGGCACAUUCAAUUGCCAAUCGUGCAACAGGUCGUUCAACUCAGAUGGUGCAUUGCAAAGCCAUACAAAGGCAAAGCACAGUGCUGCAAAGUGA